GAAGAUACAAUGACGAUAACGACAAAACACCAUUACCCGGCCCCAUUGAAUGUAACAGCGAAGCCUGAUAAAAACUAGGAAUGUAAAUAAUCCUCAUUUAUCGUUUUAUUCAUCGUGCGGAACAAUUUAUGUAAUGACCCAAGCAUGAUUCCGAUCAUAACCGCAGUCCUUCGAUAUGACCUUGGGUUACGACGCAUUAUAUCUCCACAACGAACUAAUACCCUUAUAUUUAUCUAUGGAAUUGCGCUCUCUCGUUAAACCAACCCUGGCAUGUGACCGAUGGAGGAUACGGAGGAAGCUUGUGGAGUCAUGAGCAGCAGCAACUCUGAUCUAAUGGCUCCCGCCAUAGUCUCACAAAAAUACGAUCCAAAUGUAGAUUACGUCAUCAACGAAUACAUGGAGAGACUAGGCACUCGGUUGAAUAUCCUCGAAACAGAACUGAAGUAUGCAUGGAGAGCCUUAGAUCUGUUAUCUCAAGAAUACGUUAAAAUGUGGGAGAGGUUGGAAAAGUUAGAAGGUUUGCUGUACGAGCAACAAAGCGUUAUAUCACAGUUGCUAGAUUUUUAUACUUCUGGUGGAGCAUCAGCUAGUCAAGUAGCUACAGCUUCAUUAGAAGGGAAACUGGGCGAGCUAGAAGUGAUACGAGAAAUUUUAGGUAAUGGUGCUGUCGAAGAAGGAUUAGAGGAAGGUUUGGAUGUAACGAUGACCCACGAUCAGCAGCAAAGCAUUCAGGAGCUUGAGAUGGAUACAGGAAUUGAUGAAUUGCACGUACCUGACGAGGCUUUUUACAAAAGCCUCAAUCAAGCCUAUAGGGAAGACUUAGUGGGUGAUGAUUCCAGUUAUAGGAUAAGUCAAUUAGGUAUGAUUUGGGAAGAGAGGGAAGAAGGCAGUGAGAAUGGGGAGAGAAAAGCUAUAGAUCCUUCGAGUCGAUUGGAAGAUAGGGAAGAGAUCUAUUCUGCCUUAGACUAUAAAGAUUACAGAGGAAACUCCCCUUGUGUUAGUGAACAAGACUUAGCUCAAUUAACCAAAAUAGAUUCAAUUGAUCAUUUAGCUAUUGAAAAAUUAGACGAACUGGAUAGACUGAGUAACAAAUUACAUCAAGAUUCAGUGAAUAUAAAACAUCUGAGACGAAAAUUAAUGGAAUCACCAAUUUCCAUUAAUGAAAUAGAAGAAGAACAAAUAGAUGUUAAAGAAGCCGCAGAUUUAUCAAAUAUAGAUGAAACAUUACAACAAAUGUACCCGGAAGAACAGUGGAGUUUUUCAAGUGGAAUUAAAGACAAAAGUGAAUUCUUAUUACUAGCAAAAUCUGACCUACCCGGUCUUAUAUCCAACGUUUCAUACUCCUCCAAGUCCAGCUCUAGAUUCUCUUUGUCUGAUGCAGAUAAAGAAGUUGCUGAAACGUUAGGGGUAGAAUCCAGGAGUCCAACAUCACCACGUCGAAGACAAACAGAAAUAAACACUUCAAGUGAACCCUUUACUACUGUAACUGGAAGACUGGCCUAUAGUGCUGCUGUGCAGCAUGCAGAAGAAGCUGAAGCUGCUGCUGCAGCAGCUAUGGUGAUACAAAAUUCUAAGAAUCCUUUUUACUGUAUGAGUCCUGGCCUCAACGCGCUUCUACCAGCUACAUAUGAAACAGUAUCUUCCUCAACGCCUAAUGUAUAUAGUGUAAGAUCUGAGAAAACUGCGUCACCUACACUAUCUAUAUGCAGUAUAAGAACAAGGCAGGAUGGAUACGUGGACCAACCUGGGCAGCAGGGUAUUAGUAAAAGUCAUAGUCCUCCACCUCCACCUGCACCUGAUGCAACAGAAAACUUUUUAAGUAUGAACAAGGCAGCUAGCGCCACGAACGUUUUUUUAGAUGCUGCGGAUGGACCGUCAAUUAACCAAAAUGAACGACUUAGUCCGAAACCUUCACAUUCCCCUAAGUCUACUAAAUCAUCUCCAAGACGAAGCAAAUCUCAUUCUUUGGCAGCUGCGAAGUCUGAUUCUGGUCUAUCGUCAAUGAGUGGCUGGUCCAGUCUUGAAAAAUCUCCAGGAUCUCCAAAAAACUCCAGAGCAAAUUCCUAUGCUGAAGGAAGGCAUAGCAGUAGACUGGUUUCUCCUGUACACAGCCAGUAUGGAUCAGCACCAAGUAGCUCUAAACCGUUUACGGAAUCUUCGUUAGAUUCUAAAUUAUCAAACUCUUCAAAUUUUUUACCAGGAGGCCAUCAUCUCUCUGCCUUCACUACAGUUAAAUCGCCUUCAGGCCUUGAAACAGUGGAAGGUUAUGGAAAUUUUGUGCCAGCGCCUGCACCUGCGUCCGAUAUCAAUGUUAGUCCAAACAAGAAGAAAGAUAAAUCGCCAGCUUCAACCAGCGAAGAAAGAGCUUCUGGUAUUUCUAUGUACAGGUACGAUCAACCAGCGAUAUACUCAGUAGCUGGCAGUAACAGAGGAGAUUCAUAUACCUCUGUUUACACCGGAAACACUGAUUACAAUUGCCAAAUCAACUAUCCCGACUUAAUUGAGCCUUACGAAAACAACGAAUUUUUCAGUUCACAAAAAAACUAUUAUCCUUCUCCAUCAUACAUGCCUUAUUCAGGUCCUAGUGGGAACGUCUCUAGAUAUAAGUCAUCCACAGGUAGAGAGCCUGAAGAUUUUUCCAACCAUGAAGGUUAUAAAACUGCUAUGUACAGAACUAUGUUUCCAUCGGGUAAUAUAACCGAUGCAUUGUCAUAUUAUCCGACAUCUUCGAGAACUGACACUAAUUAUGGGGAGCAGGAAAUUUGGAUCACCUACGAUCCUGAUGAUAGGCAUGAAAUGUCUGAAGCUGGUUAUCCCCCAAACGUAGAUAGAACUCGGCAAUAUGAAGGUCAACCACCUGCGUACGAAAAUCAAUCAUCAGAGCAACAAAAACAGUGGAAUCAGCGGCAGGAAAUACCUUAUCUAGACUUAGACCUUAGAAAUAAAAAUUUACCAGAAUAUGUAGUUCAAACGCAACAUGGCCAGGUCCAGUAUUAUGAUACUGGUGGGAUUAUAAUGACGCAGUCAGGGUAUAUCACCAUAUCAUCUGGUACUGAUACCAGACCUCACACGACUGAAAGUACCAAAAAGGUAAAGAGAUCAAAUACUCUUAAAUCGGCUAUGAGUUCCGUUAGUCAAUGGUUACCUAAUCUAAAUGUUACGAAGAGAAGUAGAUCUCACUCGCUUCCUGGGAUAAAAAGAGAUACAAUUAAAGUUAACUUAAAUAAAAAGAAGAAGAAGAACAGUAUCGUAUCGACAGUUUCUGAUAUAAUCCAAAAGGCUAAGCGACGAGGUAGUUUGUCACAUCAGUACUCAUCAUCGUACUCAGAUACUGAACAUUCUGAGACAGAGUGGUCAACGGAAAAAUCUAAAUCUGUAGCAUCAGAAGACGAAAGGAGCGAAGAUAAUACUAGCAUCUUUUCAGAGAGCAACAUAGACACUGAUAGUGAUUUUACGGCUAGCAUAGACAACGGAAAGUCAAGAAAAUUUAGUCAGCCCAUUACAGAUACAUUUCCAUUACAACCUUUAUUUGAAACUGAUACUCCAGGUAGUGAUGAUAUGUCAGUACGAAAUGCAGAAGCCGAUAGUGAAGGAAAUAUUAUAAGUAAUAGUACCGUUCCAUUUUUAACCCGAAAAAACUCCAUACACUCAGAAAAUGAAGACACCAGUGUUAAAGAUUCCAAAAUGGUGGUUGUGGUAGGAUCAGGUGCAUCCAUGGAGUUUGCAGUGUCUAGAGCACUGGGAAAAUACAGGCAAAGGCAAUCGAAUUCAUUUUCUGAGGAUCAAAUAUUUAACGAAGAAGACGAAAUUAUAAUCGAAGAAUUUACAGAAGAAAGAGACAAUCAAUCUGAAUCAGCGCCUCAACUAGAAAAAGUUCUUUCAGAGCAAAAGUCUACAGAUAGUCAGACAAGUUCUGAUAAUAACAAACCAACGAUUAUUGAUAGAACUGAAGAGCCAGUCUCUGAAGAUAGUCCUUCUACUAUAAGUAUUAAGUCACAUACGAACCGUUUUUUACCCAAGCAGCAGCAGAGUCUAGAAAUACCUGGAAGUAGAGACGACGAUGAUGUAAGAAGUACUCAUUCGUGGAGAAGCACAUCUAGAGUUUCUUCUAGAAGACAAAGCACUGAGGACAGUAUUGACAGUGAAGAUGAAUGGUACUGUUACGAGCUAAGAAAACUAGAAGAAAUGGAAAGGCAAAACCAGCUGGAAAUUGAAAUGGGUACUACUUUACAUGAAGAACCUGAACCAAGCGAUGAAGAGUUGGAACCUGGUGAAGAAGUCAAAGAAAGGAUGAGUUUUGUUUUAAGAGAACUAAGAAUGAAAGCAAAAAUAGUAGAGGGUGUGCUAGAUGAAAAAGAAAAUAAUCUACUGACGGUACACUCUCGUAAGAAAAAGGAUAAAGACGAAAAACGAUCGUCAUUUCAGCUAGACAAUGCUGCUUCGUUAUUCGAGAAAAUAAAAAACUAUCACCAUGAUGAAGAAGAAGAGGGGUUUUUAGAUAAGAAAUUUGACCGUUUAGAAGUACACAGCCCACAUGAAAAAGAAGAGCAUCUUUCAUCCGGUGCUACUUCCGGUCCAGAUAGUCCUCACAGUACCGACGAAUACGACGAAGCUGAAAUGGCCAUAAACGAUGAGUUCGCUCUAUGUCACGUCAAUAAAGAAAAGCAAGAGGAAGAAAACAAAAAACUAGAAUUAAACGUUACCAUAAACGAGACGACGGAACAGAAGGUAGUGCCUACAAUUACAUUGGAGUCUUCAACGCCGGCGAAAGAGGAUAAAGAGGACAAAGAAGAGAAGGAGGAGAAAGAGGACAAGGAAGGGGUUCAGAUGGGGAGUAGGUGGAAGCUGCUGAAGACGCUGAAAGAAAAGAAGGCCGAGGAGAAGAGUAAUCAGAGCAAAUCACCAGCCUCAAACAGUGUCACAACUCAAAAAAAUAAAAACGAUUCUGGUAUUAGAGGAGACCAACAACGUGGCAAUGGCCAUCCUGGAGACAAUCCCUUCUACAGCAACAUUGACAGCAUGCCAGACAUUAGGCCGAUUAGAAGGAAAUCCAUUCCGCUCGUAUCGGACUUGGUAAGUGUCACCAUGGCUGCUACCAAAAGAAAUGCCGGGUUGACAUCAGCAGUUCCUCGAGCUACGUUGAACGAUGAAGAAUUGAAAAUGCACGUCUACAAGAAGACUCUGCAGGCACUCAUCUACCCCAUCAGCAGUACCACACCCCACAACUUCGUCCCAUGGACGGCAACCUCCCCCACCUACUGUUACGAGUGCGAGGGUCUCUUGUGGGGCAUCGCCAGGCAGGGGGUCCGGUGUACGGAGUGUGGAGUCAAGUGCCACGAGAAGUGUAAAGAUCUACUUAACGCCGAUUGCCUUCAAAGGGCUGCUGAGAAAAGUUCGAAACACGGAGCUGAAGACAAAGCCAACAGCAUAAUAACAGCUAUGAAAGACAGGAUGAAACAACGGGAACGAGAAAAACCAGAGAUAUUUGAACUGAUCCGGGACGUUUUUGGCGUGGAGGAUAAGAACCACGCGGGCCACAUGAAAGCGGUGAACCAAUCGGUGUUGGACGGAACCUCCAAGUGGUCUGCGAAGAUAAACAUUACAGUUAAGUCGGCGCAAGGGUUGAUUGCCAAAGACAAAAGCGGAACAUCGGAUCCUUACGUUACGGUCCAGGUGGGAAAAGUGAAGAAACGCACAAGAACCAUGCCACAAGAACUGAAUCCGGUUUGGGACGAGAAGUUUUAUUUUGAAUGUCAUAAUUCUUCUGACAGAAUCAAGGUAAGAGUGUGGGAUGAAGACAAUGACUUGAAGAGCAAGCUGAGGCAGAAGUUAACAAGGGAGUCUGAUGAUUUCUUGGGUCAAACUAUCAUUGAGGUACGCACAUUAUCAGGUGAAAUGGACGUCUGGUACAACUUAGAGAAGCGGACUGACAAGUCAGCAGUAUCUGGUGCUAUUCGGCUUCACAUAUCGGUAGAGAUUAAGGGAGAAGAAAAGGUGGCGCCUUAUCAUGUUCAAUACACCUGCCUUCACGAAAAUCUUUUUCACUAUUUAUGCGAGAUGAACAGUGGCGUAGUAACUCUACCGGAAGCGAAAGGGGACGAGUCUUGGAAAGUUUAUUUCCACGAUGCGGCUGAGGAGAUCGUGGACGAGUUUGCUAUGAGAUACGGGAUUGAGUCGAUUUAUCAAGCCAUGACUCAUUUUCACUGCCUUUCAACAAAAUAUCUAUGCCCGGGAGUACCCGCCGUUAUGAGUACUCUACUAGCAAAUAUCAAUGCUUAUUACGCACACACAACAGCAUUAUCAGCUGUUUCGGCCAGUGAUCGAUUUGCUGCUUCCAACUUUGGCAAAGAAAAGUUCGUCAAACUGUUGGAUCAGCUGCACAACUCGUUGCGUAUAGACCUCUCGAUGUACAGAAAUAACUUCCCAGCAUCAAGCGCCGACAAACUGAAAGAUUUAAAAUCGACCGUAGAUCUCUUGACCAGCAUUACAUUCUUCCGAAUGAAGGUCCAGGAGCUGGCUUGCCCGCCAAGAGCUUCAACAGUUGUCAAAGACUGCGUGAAAGCGUGCCUGCGGUCUACGUAUCAGUUCCUUUUCGAGAAUACUUACGAGCUUUACAAUAGGGAGUUUCAAGCGGAUCCGAACGAGCCGAAGAGAGAUCCAGAUGAUCAUGGACCGAGGCUGGACAGCGUCGAUUUUUGGCAUAAGUUGAUAGCGUUGAUUGUGUCGGUUAUAGAAGAGGACAAAAAUAGCUAUGGACCUGUGCUGAAUCAGUUUCCGCAAGAACUUAAUAUUGGACAGCUUUCUGCAGCUACGAUGUGGAGCUUAUUCGCCGUAGACAUGAAGUACGCUUUAGAAGAACACGAGCAACAUCGCUUGUGUAAGUCGUCUGCGUACAUGAAUCUACAUUUCAAAGUGAAGUGGUUGUACUCCAACUACGUGAAGGACGUACCCCCCUACAAGGGUGCGGUACCGGAAUACCCGGCGUGGUUCGAACCCUUCGUGAUGCAGUGGCUGAAUGAAAACGACGACGUAUCACUUGAGUAUUUACAUGGUGCCUUUAAUAGAGACAAGAAAGAUUGCUUCCAGAAAAGCAGUGAGCAUGCGUUGUUCUCUAAUUCCGUGGUUGACGUAUUCACGCAACUAACGCAAUGUUUCGACGUGGUGUCCAAACUGGAAUGUCCGGAUCCGGAGAUUUGGAAGAGGUAUAUGAAGAGGUUUGCCAAAACUAUAGUAAAAGUGCUAAUUGCGUACGCUGAUAUUGUGAAGAAAGAGUUCCCCGAACAUCUAAAGGAAGAACGGAUAGCAUGUAUACUAAUGAACAAUAUCCAGCAACUGAGAGUGCAGUUAGAAAAAAUGUUCGAAUCUAUGGGUGGAGAUAAACUGGAAGAAGAUGCUGCGAACAUCUUGAAGGAAUUGCAACAAACUCUUAACGGAAGUCUGGAUGAACUAGCAGUGCAAUUCGCAUGCAGUUUGGAGCACAGAAUAACAGUGAGCGUGAAAGAACUCGCCGAUCUGCUAUUGGCCAUAAAGGGAGGAGGCCAGCCUGGCCAACUGAAUCAACCGGCUCAGAGGAACGCAGUUGCAGUCGAAGCUGACGAGGUUCUGAGGCCGCUGAUGGAUCUCUUGGAUGGCUCUCUUUCGCUGUAUGCCCAGUCCUGCGAGAAAACCGUUCUCAAGAGGCUGCUUAAGGAAUUGUGGAAAAUUGUAAUGAGGAUACUAGAAAAGACUGUUGUGCUACCUCCAAUGACAGACAAGACGAUGAUGUUCAAGAGUUUAACCGACAACGCCAAAAACCUAGCAGCGAACACAAAGAUAGAAGACAUGUCCAAACUCUUCAAGAACCACAUGACGGGCAAGCAAGACGUCAAGAACGCUCUCAGCGGGGUGAUGGACAUAUCUAAAGAAGUAGAGAAGAAUCUGUCUCCCAAACAGUGCGCGGUGCUGGACGUGGCAUUGGACACUAUCAAGCAGUACUUCCACGCUGGAGGAAAUGGACUGAAAAAAGCCUUUUUGGACAAAAGUCCAGAAUUACAAAGCCUUAGAUAUGCUUUGUCUUUGUAUACGCAGACCACUGAUACGCUUAUCAAGACUUUUGUUACUACUCAACUCAAUGAAGUGCCGCUAAACAAUAAGCAAACGAUGCUGCAAAGACAGAUCUCGAUUCGAGACGAGUCUGAGACAGAAGCCGGACUCGAAGCUCUGGAAGAACCUCUGAAAGCUAAAAAGAGAAGGGAAAACGAGAAUCAGCAAGAUAAUAUCGACGGACUUGAAGGUAGCGUUGGUGAGGUAUCAAUUCAGGUGGACUUGUUUACGCAUCCUGGAACUGGAGAACAUAAAGUCACAGUCAAAGUUGUGGCGGCCAAUGAUUUGAAAUGGAACCUGGUGUCAGGCAUGUUCCGACCUUUCGUCGAAAUCAACCUCAUAGGACCACACCUAGCCGAUAAGAAGAGGAAACAUGCAACAAAAUCCAAAGCCAACAACUGGUCACCUAAAUAUAAUGAAACGUUUAAUUUUAUUAUUGGCAACGAGGAACAAUUGGACUGUUUCGAGUUGCAUAUUUGUGUAAAAGACUAUUGCUUCGCUAGAGAAGAUAGACUGGUUGGUGUAGCUGUUAUGCAGCUCAAAGACAUCGUCGAAAAAGGCUCGUGUGCUUGCUGGCUGUCACUGGGUAAGAGGAUCCAAAUGGAUGAAACCGGCUGGACCAUUUUAAGGAUUUUGUCUCAACGCACAAACGACGAAGUAGCCAAGGAAUUUGUCAAACUGAAAUCCGACAUCCGACAGGAAAAUCCUCUUCCAAAUUAGUAAACCCGACAUAACUACACUGAGAAAAAACUGUGAGUGGCUAAGAGACACUGUGUUCAUACUCAAAGUGUGUUAUAAUAUAUGGACCGUCCUUAAAAGAAUUCCACGCGUUUAGGCAGCUUUCCAGAGAGUUCGGCGAGUACAAAACUUGUUAAUCGGGACAGUAAGUUAAACAAAGUCUUUGUUUUUACCUGUGAGAGAAAAAGAGGCUAGAUAACCAUAAUGGUUAACAACCUUCAAAAUCAUAGUUUAACAAUACUUUAUAGUAAUAUGAACAAUAACUUAAAUCGGGAUAGCCUUCGGGAAUUGGCUGUUGUAAUUGGUAUCAAUAUUAAAUUAAAACUAAAUUAAACAAUAAUCAUUCAGAACAAACGUUUUCGGACUUAUUAGUCCAUCUUCAGUGAGCGUUGGGUACUUACCUUAAUAACCGCAAAACUAAACAGUGGUUGAGAUCACAUUGUUGUUUACAUACUUAAAAGUAUUAAAUUAACCAACUAUACGUCGAUGGAAAUAGAUCACUAUCCGGGAGUAUGUAAUCAACAAUUUAAACCCAACCACUGUUUGGUUUUGCAGUUAUUAGUGAAAGUACUUAAAAGGUUCACUAAAGAUGAACUGAUAAGUCCGAAAACGUUUGUUCUGAACAAUUAUAGUGACAAAUUUGUAUUUUUAAUUUAAUUUUUAAAUAAAUACAACAAUUACAGCAAAAGUUGUUUAUUUCAAUGUUAAUUUUUUUCAUAAACGAUAUUUCUUGUCUUUUUUAUUAAAAUUAUAUUAAAUUUUGAUAUUUUGAUUAAAUAUCUUUAAGAGGAAACAGUAGCGAUCAACAGGUAGCGAAAACGCGAUCCAAGAUUGCGGCUGUAAUUUUAAAUAUU